UUAUUUUUGUAGAGACAGGGUUUUGCUGUAUUGGCCAGGUUGGUCUUGAACUCCUGGCUUCAAGUGAUCCACCUGCCUUGGCCUCUACAGUGGUGAGAUUAUAGGCAUAAGCCACUUUGUCCAUCCAGAGAGGUCCAAUUUCUGUUCAUUUCCCCCUUCCCCAUAAAUAAUCCUUUCCCCCACCACAGAUGUUGGUUUAUUCUAUUAUAUAAUUUUGAAAAUACAAACAUAUAAUUUAUAGUUCCAGUUUCUUUUACAUAAAGGGAGAUACUGGAGAUGCUGUCUGCCCUGGGCUGUGUUGUGGCAGUCACUUGGUGACGGGUUAUAGAGAUCGUUUUAUAGUUUUGUGGUACUCAAUUGAGUAGAUGUGUUAGAAUUUCAGCUGGUUCUCUUUUGAUGUCCAUUUUGGUUAUUUCCACUCUCGUUAUUACAGAUUGUACUGCAAUGAAUAGCCUUGUGCAUACAUUUUCUCCAGGAAGGGUUUUGAGCAUGGUGGUAACCCGUUCAAGUUUGUACUGUAGAGGAUUUCGUGACUGGGAGACAGCGAGAGUGGCCUGGCGAGGUGGGAGGAGGAGGCUUUCAGGGUGUGGACAGGUUGAUGAAAUCGUUUAGAAUUGGAACUCACGUGGCUGUGUUCCCACUCCUUCACCUGCAUCAGGGGUGUGUGUGUGUGUGUGUGUGUGUGUGUCUGUCUGUCUGUCUGUCUGUGCGUGGUGGGGUCAUGUCCUCUUCGUGGGAUAGAUGGAGGCGAUGUGACCAUAUCCCUCCUUACACGUCGGAGGGGAGAUAAUAGGACCCUGCCCUCCCCAUGGGGGCAGUUGAGAGUGAUGGAACCGCGUUCCCUCUUCGUGGGGACGUCCACCCCUAUGGAGUAGUUGUUAAUGGGGCCAUGCCUCUCUCCCCAGCGCUCUCUCCCUGUCUUCCCCAGGGUGUCGCGCCUGGCUUCCGAGAAGCGGGAGCUGGAGGAGCAGCUGAGCCGAUCGCGCGAGGAAGCGCUGGCUGGGCGCGUGGCCUGCCAGGAGGCCGAGGGACUGCGUGGGUUGGUGCGUGGGCUGGAGCUGGAGCUGCGGCAGGAACGCGGCCUUGGGCACAGGGUGGCUGGCCGCCGAGGCCAGGACUGCCGCCGCCUGGCCAAGGAGCUUGAGGAGGCGAAGGCAUCCGAGCGGAGCCUGCGCGCCCGGCUGAAGACGCUGACCACUGAGCUGGCCUUGUACAAGAGGGGGAGGCGGACUCCGCCGGUGCAGCCGCCCCCGGCGCGGGAGGACCGGGCCCUGUCGUCCCGGGAGCGCUCCACGUCGCGAGGCCGCGGCGCCGCGCGCUCCUCAUCCCGGGAGAGCGUCCGCGGGAGCCGGGGUCGGGGCCGACCCGCGCGCCCCUCGCCCUCGCCCACAGGUGGUCGCGCGCUCCGCUUCGACCCCACGGCCUUUGUGAAAGCCAAGGAAAGGAAACAGAGAGAGAUCAAGAUGAAGCAGCAGCAGCGGAACCGAUUAGGCAGUGGAGGAAGCGGGGACGGGACGUCCGUCUCCUGGCCUCGCCAGACCCGGCCCCCUGCUGCAGUGACUGGACGAGGGGACGCCCCUAACCGCUCGCGAAACCGCAGCUCCUCAGGUAACCGGCCUGGAGCUCAGGGCCUGGGGCUCGGGGUCGACGGGCUGGGCGGGACUGGGCAGGGCCGGCCGGAGGGGCGGGGCCAGGAG